ACCAAAUAAGUAUGUCUCAAAACAAAAGAGCGAAGACAAAUGGUGGUCUGGAUGACGCACAGCCCAGCACAUCAAGCUCCAACACAUCCCAGUCCACCCCUGACGCCAGAGCUCUCGCCCGGUCUGAGCAGGCUAAAGCCCAGCUCUCUGCAACAGACGUUAAGAAGUUAGAAGUUGAACUCGCCAGAUUCCUUUUAUUUGCUGACAAGAAAAACAUCCCGACAAAGAAACAGGACAUAGUGAAACAUGUCCUAAAAGAACAUUCUAGACUCCUUCCAUCAGUGCUAGAAGGAGCUAGAAAGUAUCUGAAACAGACGUUCGACUAUUCGGUGUGCGAGGUGGAGUAUAACAAGAACAAGUAUUACAUCCUGAGAAAUAACAUAGUUCUCCCCGAACUGCAGCAGUUAACAAGACCGGCUCAUGCUCUGUCACAGUUGGCACUGCUUACAAUAAUACUGAGUAUGAUACACAUGGCAAAUAACGCCCUGGAUGAAGCGGAUUUGUGGGAGACUCUCAAAAUACUCGGUAUAGACAAGUCAGAAACUCACGUAGAUUUCGGAGAAGCAGACAAGCUUCUAAACGAGUUUGUUAAGCAGAUGUACAUUGAGAAGCACAAACUAACCACCUCAAAAGGGCUGGUGACCCAGUUGAGAUGGGGAAUGAGAGCGUAUCACGAGGUGAAGAUGUCGGAUAUCUUGUUGUUUGUAGCUAGUAUUUACGAUGUGGACGCUAGUGUGUGGAAGAAACAGUUUAGUUCACACGACGGUGCUAUGGAAACUCCUAGCUUGUAGUUGCUAUGGAAACUCCUAGCUUGUAGUUUUUGUAGUUUCAGUGAUAACUUGAAGAGCUUCUAGUCUGAAUGGCUCUUUUUAAAAUUAUUUUCUUAAAUUGCAAUUUUUGACAAUUUUGAAGGAACAUUUUUUAGCUGUUACAGCUGAAAAAUGUUCCAUCAAAAUGUUCCAUCAAAAACUUCUACAGUAGAAGUUGAUAAUUUUACUUCCAUGCGCAUUUUAAAGAAAAUCAGUUGUUUUUAUUUUUAAUUUACAGUAAACUGUAAAGUUUUUAUUUUCUCGAGUAUCUACGGAUUAUCGACGAGUCAAACGAGUGUGUGCAAACCUCAGCACCAAAUCAAAUCAACUUUUAGCUGACGGCAAUAUAAUAUUCUCGUUUGAAAUUUAGUUAAAUUAUUGGUUUUCAUAUUUGCUUUAAUUUAAAUGUACGCUCAUUUGUAUUUAUUGAGCACGUAUUAUCAUUUUAAUGUUAUUUUAUCUAUUUUACUA